UUCUUUGCAGCUAUGGACCAAUGACUGACUCCAGCCACAGCAUUUGACAUGGGCACUCACAGUUCUGGCGGGAACAGCCACACCAUCCACUGUUUCCAGUGGGGCGUGUUGCGGCGCAUAGCAGACACAAUCGAUAGAUAUGUAACUAUGGGCAGUGCCGUCGAAGAUGCGCUUCAUUGUGUUAUCCAGCACUCGACAGGCUUCACCAUUGCAGUACCAAUAAACGUUACAACGAUCUCGGCCAUAAUCAACCACGAUGCUGUCGCCGAACAGUAUUCCUUCCAAGAAGACGGGUCGGAAUUUGAGCACUUGGUCCAUCGACUCUGGAUAUGGAUCGGGGAUCCAUGAGGAUGCGAAGCUUGGUUCUAUCCUUGACGCACGUGAUGUCACACCUAGAGGCAGUGUAGCAAUGUCACAACCACAAUCACGAUCCGUUGGUCUCGGAAUUAGCAGGCUUUCGAAUUUGAACACCGGAGAUGACAUCUUGAUCAAAAAGGAGGAGUGCACUUUUGCGCCUAGCACGCCGCGACUUCGGGUUUGCACGACUGUUUCCAAUCCUUCUUCACCGGAUCCCGUGUCGCCCGCAUCGCCCUCCGAAGUCCGACGUUCGCACGCAAGGAAGUCCGCCAGCAAGCUUCCUUCGCAAGCUGUUAGACGCCUCACUGCUUGGCUCGAUACCAAUCGCCACCACCCAUAUCCAAGUGCCGAGACGAAGCAGGCAUUAGCAGAGGCAUGCAGUAUCACUAUUAAGCAAGUAACAACUUGGUUUACCAAUAUCCGACAAAGACAACUUAAGACGCAAGAAGACGACACAGAGAGACUCGGCAAUAACCAUGCUCAGAUCUCACAUCAAGGAUCCAGGAAGGGCAAGAAGAAAGAUUACAGUCGCAGUAACGGUGCCUCGCCAAUUGAGGGAUUUCUGUCUCCGCCACGACUUUCGCCGUCCGCCUCAAUAUCUGAGCACUCGUCUGGCGAAGGCGAAGCCUGGCAGUGCACUUUCUGUGGGGUUUCUUUGACAGCGAAGUCAUGGCGCCGCCACGAAGAAACACAGCAUCAUCCCAAACACCAAUGGACUUGCCUAGCCCACGGCCCAAGGAUUCAACUUUCAAUAUCCUCGGAAUCGAUUUGUGCUUUCUGCGAGCUUAAAAAUCCAAACGAAGACCAUUUCCGCUUCUUCCACCGUAUUGGAGACUGCUUGUGCAAGCCUGAACAAGAGCGAACGUUCGGCAGACCCGACCACCUCCAACAGCAUGCGAGAAACUUUCAUAAGUGUGAUCAGCCUUUGUCGGAAUUGGUACGCGAUACAUGGCGCAGGGAUGGCCCUGGGAUGAUCGACAACAAAAGCUGGACCUGUGGAUUCUGUCAUGAAGAGCUCCGUACUUGGGAUGCGAGAGCCACGCACAUCGCCGGUCAUUUCAAAUCUGGUCUGACGAUGGCUCAGUGGCGCGCCGAUCGAGUAUUGCAGUCGUCCCUGCCUGAAGACGAUUUCCAAUUCAGUGCACCAACAGCCUUGAACGCUCUUGCCAGCAUGGAGGUCACGCUUGCAGGGCCAUCCAAUAUCAUGUCUGGCCCACCGAACUAUGGCCGACCUCACCCCAUGCAACAAAUGCAGGCGCAGCCUAUCCCUGCCUCCACGAUGAUGCCUGUUGCGACUACGGUUCCGGAUUUCGAUUUCGAUCCUUUUGGCGCUUACUACGGCAACCCCAUCGAUACGUUUAACCCCUCGUUGCCCACCUCCGCAUCUUACUACCCAGUAGUCAGUAACGUGCCAGCUGCAGCUCAAAACGGUGUUGUUUCCCCCAUGGACUAUGGCGUUAUUGGUUUCGAUGAGUUCGGCGCCCCUGUGUACGACAUGAGUGGCAUGCACUCAUGGUAGCGGUUUCACUCUGUUUUUCGGCGUUUUUAUACCCUGGGUAUAGACUAUAGAUGGGCAUGGCUGGUUUAGAAUGGACAAAUUGGCGUUCAUUCACAUGCACCUCUCGUAGCGGAACUACUUCCAACAAUGAACUCUUUCAAGAAACGUUCAGAACUUGCAGUCACUCAACAAGAAUACAUACACAGGAACUUCUGUCUCUCGGCGCACUACUCACCCGGCAGACGGCAGCACCUUCGGGACCCGGAGCAAGCAAUCUACUUUGUACUUUGGCGACAGCCGCAGCCGUGCCUUAUCCGCUAGCGCCGGUAGUGGAAAGACGCUACAGUACCUACUCGCCUCGAGCGCAGCAAGCGAUACACGCCGCGGAACGGCACUCCAUCCUACCAGAGCUGCAGCCUGACCAUCUUCCCAGCAACCAAUAUUCCAG